UCGUGAACGCGCCUACGUAACGGUAAAGGAAACGAGGGAACGAAUCGCAUGAAGGCAGUCUACACAGCGAUUUGGAACAGAAGGAGACGUUAGUUAAAUAAGCCCCUCCCCCUGGAAACAGCUUCACCCCUGCCGAGCGAGGAAUCUUGGGCCGCGUCCUAAACGGCAUACUAACGCAAUAAAGAGUGUGUCCACGGCGCAGGAAACCGUUUUCCGAUAACGUUAUCUUCUCGUUCAGGCACACUGACCUGAAUACGGGGCUGACACCGGAAAGGAAGAAACCUCAGGAUUAGCGCCCCCGCCCCUGUAAGACAUCUUUAAAGUUAAAGAGCAGGAUUAUGGCAGACAUGUUCUCCACCGAGACACACUAAAGGAUUGACGUCUGAUGAUGACCAGUUGACAUCCAGAGACACAGACAUCUACAGCUGUUUUCAGCCUCUGUACUUCUGCAUGAUGAAUGUCACUGGAGGAACACUGUGCAUCCUCUAGCACUCUAUGCUGGUCCCUUCAUUCCGUCUCUACAGGUUGCCUGGGGACGGGCAUGAAGAAAACAGCGCAGUGGUCCGGGGAAGAGGUCACCAUUGAGCUGCGCAUGGAGACUCAUGUGAAUGGCCAUGCUAACGGCCAUGCUGCCGGCGACAAGAGUAAGACUACGUGUAAUGUCUUGGUCAACGGUUUUCAUAAGGAAGUUGUGCGAAUUCCAAUCCCUGGCCCACCUAGCUCUUCAUUUCCCACUGAGUGGGGCAAAACUGCCGUGGCCUUGUUAUAUGCCAUCUGCUGCUUUAUUUUAACCACUGUAAUGAUCGCUGUAGUCCAUGAGCGUGUGCCUCCCAAGGAGGUGAGCCCUCCAUUGCCUGAUAAGUUCUUUGACUUUUUUGACCGUGUAGAGUGGGCUUUUACCGUGUGUGAGAUUAAUGGGAUGAUUCUGGUCAUCUUAUGGAUCUUACAAUGGAGUCUCUUGAAACACAAGUCUAUUGUUGGUCGGCGGUUCUUGUUCAUUGUAGGGACGCUGUACCUGUACCGGUGCAUCACCAUGUACAUCACUACUCUGCCUGUUCCAGGGAUGCACUUUAAGUGUUCAGCUAAGCUGCAUGGAGAAUGGCAGUCCCAGAUGUGGCGGGUGAUGAAGAUGCUUGCCGGCGGAGGUUUAACCAUCACUGGCUCUCAUCACAUGUGCGGGGACUACCUGUACAGCGGCCACACGGUCAUGCUGACCCUCACCUAUCUCUUCAUUAAAGAGUACUCUCCUAGACGCUUCUGGUGCCAUCACUGGGGGUGUGGGACGCUCUGCGCUGUUGGCGUGUUCUGCAUCCUUCUUGCUCAUGAUCACUACACCAUAGAUGUAGUCGUUGCCUACUUCAUCACCACACGCCUCUUCUGGUGGUACCACACUAUGGCUAACCAGUCAGACCUGAAGGCAGCGUCUCAGAGCAACUUCCUGUCACGCGUGUGGUGGUAUUGGGUUUUCCAGUACCUGGAGCGAAACGUGCAAGGUGUUGUCCCUCGCAGUUACCACAUCCCCUUCUCAUGGCGAUCAAUACAGUGGGGCACAGUGAAGUACAGCAGGAUUGACUCUGACUGAUCGUUAAUGCUCAAUCUGAAGAGCGAGACUCUCAAAGACUUGCCGUAAGUGCCAGGUCAUGUGACAAACAAAGUCAAUCCCUUUAGCACUCAGCUGCAAGGCGCACUGGUCUUUCAGACUGUCCAAAGCAUUUCAUUCUCACCCACUAAAUGCAUUCUCUCCACAUUUUAGCCCUGAUGUAUUAUGUGAUGCGUGGUGUGUAAUACACAGGGCCAGAGCAAAUAAUGAUUGCCUUUAGCACCUUCCAAAAGUGUCACUUGGUAAUGUGUUCUUUAACAUAUCGCUAAUUUGGUAGAUGUUCUGCCUCUGUCCGUUACUUGAACAUGCAGUAGUGUGAACCAGAUACAGAUAUUUCUAUUUGCUUUGAGACUGAGCCAGUUUGCCAUGUUUGAUGACCAAUCUACUUGACCGAGUGGAAUUUAAAGUUUACCCCAGUCAGUGGGUUUUUUUUCCAGACUGUUUGCUUCACCCAAGUGUAGAAAUGUCCCUUUAACUGAAAACCCUGCAGUUUACUUUUUUUUUAUUUUUCGAGAAAAUGACUUGCAGGAAAGGAGAUGUUUGAAGAGAAGUGCAGUUUUGUAGCUAUUCAGUUAAACGCAAAAUUUGCAAUUGUCCAUUCUAUUAGAAUAGCGAUUUAUUUUUCAGAGUAAACCUGUCACAUUUUUUACAUGGAGAGCAAAAGGAGAAAAAAAAGACUGUUUUUGGUGAUACAAACUUCCUCAGUGCCUUUCUUACCAGGAUUUUAUGGUCUGUGUGUUGUGUGUUUUUUUUUUUUUUUUUUUUUUUUUUUUUUUUUUUUUUGCGUGUUUUUUUUUUUUUUUUUUUUUUAAACUUGUGGUCUCAGUGGUACAUUAAUGUUGAUAAAACCCCUUAAAUCAAGGCAGAAAUAUCUGGCAGUACAUGAAGUAUGAAAAGUUCAGCAGUUUUUAAAUGUUAGAACAACUUCCUUUCAUAGCAUUUUAGGUUGAAGGUAUUUUGCAUAAAAAUAUGAAAGGAAACACGAGAAGUAGUAAACGGCUGUUGCUGGUAGAAAAUGAUGGUAAAUGUAAAGGCAUUAAUAGAUGUUAAGAUUAUUUGGUAAAUUGGUAUUGCUGCUAGGAAGUAGUGUCUACUUUCAUUGUUUGCUUAGACCUACAAUUUACGUUCAUAACAGUUGUACGCAGGCAUGCAGAUAGGUCUAUAAGAUAAAUAUAGAAAAUGAUUAAGAUGUACUAUCUUUUUACUGUCCUCGUUUAUACCAGCAAAGUAUAUUUGGUUUUAGGAAAUACCCAAGACUUAGCAUGCUCUAUAAGGACAUUUUACCAAAUUUGUCUUUUUUUAACCAGUAAUGACCACCAAGUCAAUGUCCAUAAUCAGUUUUGAUGAUGUUUGUUUAUUUGUUUGUUUGUUGUAUUAAAUUUAUUUAUUACCAUUUCUCUAGAAGUACUCCACUCAAUGGAAUAUGGGAACACAUUUCAUGUCAUGUUAUUUUGUCUAAGACAAAGGUGACUUUGGUUCUGCUUUAAUUCCCUUCUAUUGGACAGGAGCGUAGUUUGAGUGUCUAUGUGCAUUGAUUGCUGGGAGCAUGUUUGAUCAUGUCUACCAUGUUCAAUGUGAUUAAUGAGCAGGUUCAUACUUUGUUCAUAAGCUGAUAACAAUGAGCUGUUCUGUACAACACAUGAUGAGAAAAGCUGCUAACACUUUCACAUUUUUUUGUUAAAUAAAUGACAACCAUUAGCACAUAACUAAAAUGAU